AUGGCUUCUCGGUAUGACAGGGCAAUCACUGUCUUCUCCCCGGAUGGACACCUUUUCCAAGUGGAGUAUGCCCAGGAAGCAGUGAAGAAAGGCUCCACCGCGGUUGGAAUUCGAGGAACUAAUAUAGUUGUGCUCGGAGUAGAAAAAAAGUCAGUGGCCAAGCUUCAAGAUGAAAGGACUGUGAGGAAAAUCUGCGCCCUCGAUGACCAUGUCUGCAUGGCCUUCGCAGGUCUGACAGCUGACGCCAGAGUAGUGAUCAGCAGAGCGCGGGUGGAGUGCCAGAGCCACAAGCUCACGGUGGAGGACCCUGUCACCGUAGAGUACAUAACUCGCUUCAUAGCGACUCUAAAGCAGAAAUAUACCCAGAGCAAUGGACGAAGGCCUUUUGGUAUUUCAGCCUUAAUUGUAGGCUUUGAUGAUGAUGGUAUCCCAAGAUUGUAUCAGACAGAUCCCUCCGGUACUUACCACGCUUGGAAAGUGAGAUUGGCUUACAGGCUCAGAGGUUCAGUCCAUGCAUGGAGUACGGAGGGAAGCAUGGCAGCGUUCAGGCAGACAUGGUGCUGGAUAAGGAGCCAAGAGUUGUACAUCUUGAUCAGAACGUAG